AAAAUACUUCAGAAUGGCAUCAGUCGUUUUGACAAUGAAUAGCCCCCACGAUGGUCAGCAACAGUCGAGCUCAUCUCCGAUGAUCAUAAAGAAGAAAACUAGAAGAGCCCCUAAGAAACAGAAAAAAAAUAAGAAACCAUACUUCAAGUUGUCGUGGAAAGAAAAGGAAGAAUUAAAUGAAAAAGAUCGUAUGAAAGGGGAAGCAAGGCUUGCUAAUGCAAAAAUAUCUGCCCCUAAUAACACUACUCAGUUUUUGAUGCAGGAACAUCCAACUACUACUCCAAACCGGACUCCAGUGGGCAUGUCUUAUGAUUCUGACGAUGAUGAAUACAAUUCUAUGAGCAGUGAUGACAAUGCAAAUGAGAUCCAGCCUGGAGCUUUGGAAAGUCCUGGAGUAUUCAUGGAGAACGAUUUUGCUGAAACUUUUGAGAACAUGAAGGCUGAUAUUCUGGAGACUAAAACCAGGUCACAACUGAUUACUGAAAUAGUAAGUUUGGAAAAGGCAGUCAAUGAGCUGGUCAAGGAGAAUGGGAAGGUCAGACACAAUUCUAAUGACACUAAUACUGAACUGAUGAGCCAGUUGAAUCAACUCCGCAAGGAAAACGAACUGCUCAAAGUUGAGAACAUGCUCCUGAAAGCAACUAAAGUGAAAGAUAACUCUAUUCCUAUUACACCUGUGAAAGAUAACAUGAUCUCCUUGGAUAUCGACGACAACAGUAAUGCUUCCCUGACUUGAUGUUACCCUCUGUGCCCUAUUAGAUAGAACGUAAACGGACACAGACUGCUAGAGAAAACGAUCAGAUUGCCAAGAAAGAACGGAAGAAGAUAACGGACAAUUUAAGACGAACUUUUACCUCGCGGGAAUCUAUAAAUAGCAUUGACUUUGUAAUGUAAUUUAUGAGCUAACAUCCUAUCACAGAAUGAGACUAAAAUCGAAAAGGGAUUGGGGGUGAAAAUGGGAAGUGUUUUAUCAAAAUUACCUACAUGAGCCGACUGGAAGCAAAUUCCUUUGCUUUUUGGUUUUAUCAGUAAAGGCGUUGAGCUAGCUACUUUGUUUAUAAGGGAUUUUGUCUAAUAAUUGUAUAACUAUUUAACUAAAUAUAUUCAAAUAAGGUCAGAAAUUUGGUACGGGAACUUGUGGAAAUUUUACGGAAUGCAGUAAUAAUGAUAAUCACACCCAAUGAUAUGCUGUCAAUGAGUUUAUUACAUUUAAUGGGCGAAAGCCCGGAUUUGGAUAAAUGUCUUAUUUCUAGGGCUGAGUUCUAGGAGUUAGACUGGCAUUGACAGCUUAGUUUUGGAUGAAAAUACGUGUAUUUAAGAUUUGUUUACUUUACAUUCAACUGUCUUAAACCUGAUGAUAAAACAGUUUGAGACUGACUAUAACUCUAUAAGAUAAUGUAAGAUAUUGGGGCAACUAUUAACUUAUGAAGCCACAGACCUUGGUUGAAGGUUUUGUGAAACAUGCAUUGUGCAAUUAUCGAUUAGCUAUUGAAUAUGUCAAGUCAGCAUAAUUAUCAUAACUGCAUAAUUGAUAUCCGCAUUGCCGCAAAAUACACAAUACUAGAGUCUGUAAUCUGUAUGGUAAGAAAUCAUAUUAGCUCAUACUUCAUAGUAACGUCCUGACAAAAAUUGUAUUGUCUCAUGCCCACACAAUAAUUUUAUUGGCAUAUGGCCAGACACUAACUUAGCUUAUUGCUUAUAUUCGCAGCAGUUUGAAAGGGAUGUGCUGUUGUACAGCCUUCAAAUUCCUGUGAAAAUGCAUGCUGUACACUCUAUACAGUAUACAUUAUGCUGUACACUCUAUACAUUAUGCUGUACACUCUAUACAUUAUGCUGUACACUCUAUACAUUAUGCUGUACACUGUAUACAUUCUGUGAAUGUGAUGGGACAUAGUCCAGUGUAUAUUACUCCUACAUAGGAGAUGCUAUAUACAACGUCUACCAGAUUUACGUGACUAACUUGCUAUUUGACUUGGUGAUUUCCGUGGAUCAGAAUAAUGAAGUUGAAAUCAUUUUGAAUCUUACAGGUGAAAUGUGGACAAUUUAAGUCGUUCUGAACUUUCCAUUUCUUUGGUCAAAUUGUUGAGACCAUUCUCAUUUCUCCCUUUUAUAUUUUAUUGCGUUUGAUUAAACAUUUCCAAACUAGCUCUUUGUUUACACUUUACAUGCAAAAUGUUACUUAUUUUAAGAAUAGACGGGUUCAUAUCUAGUCUGUAGUUUAAAUUACCAGCAUCAGGAGUUUCAUAUCUCUUGUCACCUUUAUUUAAUAAGUACCUGAGAAAAUAGUGUUAAAUUGUGUGUAAACACGGGUAAUAAAGGGAUCCUGAGUUUAAAUAUCCACUUUAUAUACCCAACUUUAUAGUUCCGUCUAAAUCGCUAAUAAAUUUGUUUUAUUAUUAUUAAUUGUUAUCGGGAAAAGCAAUGUAUUUUAUAGUUACUGGAAAAUCACAAUCCAAAUUUAACUUGGGACUGUUUGAUAUAUUACGUAAUAUAUCGAAAUCGUAUUAUAGAUUAUUUUGGAUUAUUCCGUUUUUAUGUAAAGAUAUGGAACCACAAGUAAUUUUAUAUCGUAUAGAUAAUCGAUGGAAUUAAUAGAA